AUGAUCGACAAACUAUUAGACCAGUACAUUGGAGAUGUGAGUUUUUCGAACGUUUAUUCCGCCGAGGAGCCGUGGAGUAUCUACGACGAGUAUCCUGAGAUUCCGCCGCGUGUUCAACCAGUGGAGAAUUCUCUGAUUGGAGACUUGGACAAUUUCAGUCUCAGUGUACCUUCUGAGAUUUCUUUGGACGCGGGCGGUUUGGAAAUCACGUCAUCGGUCACCGUUGUCACCAAGAGAGCGGACAGAGUUGCAGGCGGUCAGACUCUCUAUGGAGACAUUCUGGGGAGUUUGAGUGGUUUGGAUGGGUAUGGGCAGGCUGGUUCAGAGAGAACUCAUCAAGUGACACUGGAGAAGUCGACUGAAGCAGAUGGGCUGGGUAAGAGCGUGUUGGAGGAGCUGUCUGAGGAAGAGAAGUUUGAGGCCACGAAGGUCAAGGGCGAGGAAGAGUUAGUACAGGACACGGACAAGGUGUUUGGAGCUCCCGAUCUCGCCAUUUACAAGAAGCGGUUUGCCUACGGCGAGAAACUUGUGCUGGCCGAACUCAGAGCUAGGAAGAAGAGGUUGAAGCAACUUAUUGAGCGCAUCUCGGCAACCAAAUCCAAGCGGGAGAGAGAAAGAACCAAUAUCCAGCUUUCCCUGUCGCCUUUUUAUGCCUGGGCCGACGAAGAUGAGUUCGAUGAGGAGCUUGCCCGCUGGGAUGGAAGUUAUGAUGAUAUUAACGCUAGUAGUGGUAUAAGAAGAGGUAUUUAA